AUGGGUGUGAGGGAGCAUCUGUAUUUGGUGCUGCAUGGUGUAUGGGGUCUUCUGCAGGGCCGCCAGCCGCUGCUGCUGCUGUCACCAGCAGCAGCAGCAGCAGCAGCAGCAGCAAAAGGAUGUCCUGCUGCUGCUGCUGGUGUGCUAACACCGCAGCAGUUUGCUGCAUCGAAGCAGCAACAGCAGCAACAGCAGCAGCAGCACUACCGCCGCCAUCCAAACGAACCACCACAAGCACCAGCAGCAGCAGCAGCAGCAGCAGCAGCAGCAGCAGCAGCAGCAGCAGCAGCAGCAGCAGCAGCAGAUGCUGCUCGGAGAAGAGAUGUAUUCCUUGGGGGCCCCUUCCUCCCCUACGACUUCAAUUGGGUAUCAGCAGUGAGGGCCUCUAGGGCCCUCUGUGCUGCUGUGCGUUGCUGCCUGCAGCAGCAGCAGCAGCAGCAGCAGCAGCAACAGCAGCAGCAGCAGCAGCAGCAGCAGGAGCAGCAGCAGCAGCAGCAGCAGGAGCAGCAAGAGUAUAUAGAAUAUCUGCUGCAGCGUGUGCUGGAGCUGCAGCAGCGGCUGCUGUAUUGCUGCAGCAUAAAACCCUCAUAUAUAACCACCACCUUCGGGCUGCGUCCGCUGCAGCAGCUAGAAGACAAGCUUGCUGCUCUGCUGCUGCAGCAGCAGCAGCAGCAGCAGCAGCGGGUGCUGCAGCAGGAGAAAGGAACAGCAGCAGCAGCAACACCUCCUGCUGCUGCUGCUGCUGCUGCUGCUGCUGCUGCUGCGUGCCGGGGUCUCACAGCGGAAGAGCAGCAACAAGUCGAUGACUGCAGCAGCCUGCUGCUGCUGCGUGCCGGGGUCUCACAGCGGAAGAGCAGCAACAAGUCGAUGACUGCAGCAGCAAAUUCCGCCGCGCUGUUGCGAAGGCUAUAA